AUGAACUCACGAAGACUUAGGCAAAUACAGUUGUUUGCAAUCGUAUCGCUAUCGGUGGUGUUGUUGUACAAGUUCAGUGCGUUCUCCAGCAAUACCACCAAGUACAGUUUGUCUCUCAGCAAUGCCACGACCCAGAGUGAUAUAACCGUCAAGUACAAUCGAGACCAGGACAAUAUACAGCAGUUUAGCGAGCAGUUUAAUUUCAAUCGCACCACAAAAAUUAUCACCACUCAUUUUGGGGUCCAGAAGAGGGAGACUGAUGUUUAUGGAGACAACAAAUAUGUGAUUUUUGAGCCAGUAUCGCCGUUGAGGAAUGUCUACUAUCCAGGCUAUGUGAAAGCAAAUGCGACGUUGUUUUCACUAGUGAGAAACAACGACAUAAUUGGACUAGUCUCCUCAAUUAUUUCUGUUGAAAACCGUUUCAACAAAUAUUACAAUUACGACUGGGUGAUUGUGACAGACAGAGGGUUUACGGCCAAUUUUAAGAAAAUCGUGGCCUCCUACUGUUCAGGAAAAGUGAUUUUUUACCAUUUGAACAAAAGACAGUAUUGGGUGAUACCCAACCAUGUGGACAAGAACUUGGCCAAAAAAUCAAGAAUAGCUUUGCGAAAGAAAGCCAAUUUAUUCCCAAAUAUCAAAAGAACCAACACUGAUAGUUUCAAGCACAUGUCUCGCUUUUAUUCGGGUUUGUUCUACAACAUUGAGCCUUUGUUGAACUAUUCUUCGUAUUGGAGAAUCGAACCCAAUAUCCAAUUGCAGUGCGAUAUCCAAGAGUAUGAUAUAUUAAAGGAAUUUGAAAAGGGCAGCUACAAGUUUGCAAUCAGCUUGAUAGAUACUGCUGACAAAUACAUGUCGGAAAAAAUAUGGAAUGUGACACUCAAAUAUUUAAAUGAUUUGAAGCAGAAUAAUAAGAGAGAAUUCAAAAGUUUGACCAGCUUUCAUAGCAAUUUGUUGAGGUUUGUUAGUGAUACUGAUGACAAUAUUUUAAAGGGAGACUAUAACGAUUGCGUGUUUUACACGGGAAAUGAAAUUGCAGACUUGAACUUUUUAAGAAGCGAGAAAUAUUGCAAAUUAUUUGAUCUUUUUGAUACCAACGGUGGUAUUUACUACAAUAACUGGCCUGAUUAUAUCAUCAGAACCAUAAUCAUGUCGUUGGUACUCGAUUUUAAAAAAGAUUUCUUGUUUCUUGACCAGCACUCUGGCAUACCACUAGGAUACUACAACCUUAAAGACAAUAAAAACAACUGUCCAUUGGCAAUUGUUGACGAUGAACUGAAUAGCAGUGGGGAGAAUAGCAAUAGAAAAAGCUUGUACGUGCAGAACAACUGCUACUGUGAUCCCAAAUUGAAUUCAAACUGGAAUUUGUAUGAAGAUUUAAAUGACUCUAUUGACGAGGAGUUGGACGCAGAAGAUUUGUAUAACCUAUUGAGAAGCAAUACCAACUACCAAAACAGAAAUAUUUUUGGCAAUUCAAACUCCUGCAUUGACAAGUUCUACAAAAGUUUGAAGAUCAACAAACCAGUGGAGGAAUUGAAGCAGUUGAACGAGAUUGUGAUCAAAGAGCAGAUUCUGAAACUAGAAAACGAAAAGUACAUUGAGGAAGAUCUACAAACCGUGGAAGAGCUCUUUAUUGACGACGAGUUAAACGAAAUCGAUGUCGAUGAGGAUUUGCAAGACUCCAUUGAAGAGCAGGAAGAGAGUCUCAACAACCAAGGGGACGGCGCUAAUCCCAACAUCAACAUCAAUAAUAAUAUCAAUAAUAACAACAACAACAAUAAUAAUAAUAACAACAGCAGCAGUAAUAGGUCGGCUUCAUCCACUCCUAUCAAUAUUAACUCUUUACUUCAAACAGCGGUUUUACCAAACCAAAAUAAAAACUUAUCCAAUAAUUCCAAUCAAUCGCUAUCUCAAAAUUCUUUAGACCUAAUUUCUACAAUAAGCGCUCAGCUAUUCUUGUUGGCUUCAUCCAUUAAUGACGAAACCUGGGACUCUACAGUAAGGCAAAUUUGCCAUUUAUCUCAAUCCAAUCCACCAGAAGUCUAUGCUACUUAUUUACGCCACUUAAUCAAUCAUUCUUCUACCGAAAUCUCUUCUGCUAAUAAUCAAUCAAAUAAUAAUAAUAAUAAUAAUAAUAAUAAUAAUAAUAAUAAUAAUAAUAAUAAUAAUAAUUACAUUUCUAAUCCUAAUGCUUCAUUCAACUUUAAAUCUCCUCUUGAAAAGUUAAUCUUCCAAGAAUUGAAUUUGAUUACCGAAAAUCCUAUCAACUUAAAAAAAUUCUUUCUCGCCGUUCAAAUUGAGAAUAAUUUUUUAUCACAAUUCACUUGGGAGACCUUUUUACACCACUUCCAAUUAGACAAUUAUCAAAAGUUCUUAUUAUCUUUAACUUUUCAUACAAACUUAAACACUUUAUCCCAUAACAAUGAUUUCGGCAUUGAUGCCUUUGACAAUAAUCAACAAAAAAAAUUAGAUCCCAUCCUUCUUGAACAAUCCGCUCAAUCCUUAAUCAAAUACUUACCUUCCAUUUUGGAAUGCUUAAAAGACAAAUCCUAUAGAUUUCAUAAUCUAAAUAACCCCCAGGUUCUUAUUGACUUGUUUCGUUUGCUAUGCUCAAUAUCCUCCUCUUCAUACUUGAAAACUGAUUCCGAUAUAAUCAUUUUCCCCCACUUAUCUGACGUUUUGAUCAUAUUUUACUACAUCAACUUCAAACUCACUUUCUUAAAUUCUCAAAAUAUUAAAUUUUUUCUAGAAACCUUAAACUCAAUUCUAAAUGCUUACUUGAAGAAGAAUCCAAUAAUUUCAAGCUUAUCAAUUCCCUUCAAAGAUAAAAUCUCAAACAUACCCCCAGAACUAUUAACUCCUGAUAAGUUGUUAAAUAAUCUAUUGUUUGUUCAAAAAGAUUUAAAUGAUCAAUUAAAAUUCGACCAGGCCAUUGCCAUUAUUCUAUCUGAAGUCUUGGUUCCAAAAUCUCAAAGACUAACAAACUCAAAUCCAGAUGGCCUAACUUCUUUAACUCCACUAUCUGUCCCUGAAUCAAUGGCAAUCGGCUCUCAGUUGAAACUUUUAUUUCAAAAUCUAUAUUUAUCCUCCACAAAUUCUGAAAAUAUUCAAAUAAAUCAAAUAAAACCCGAUUGGAAUUCCAUUUUGGACUUGAUUUUAACAAACUAUUUAAAAGAAAUCAGCUAUGUCAAUUAUCAACCUUCAGUCGCCUCUAUUUGCAACUUUUUAUCCUCUCUAGUAUCUGAUGAAAUCAUUGAUUUAUUUUUCGUCAAGCUAGCCACUUUAGAUACAAUCAACAACCACUUGAGAUAUUUAAUUUUCAAUUACAUGCACUAUUUGUCUCCAGCUGAAGGCGCCUUUAAUUUUUUUAAAUGCACAAACUUGAAAACUGUUUUUCAAACUUUUGACGAUGGAUCAAACGAUGAAGUUGGUGGCUUUUCUCCUUCCACUAUCUCCAACUUUAAAAAUGAAAAAAAUUCUUUAUGUUACUAUUUAAACAUAUCCAAGUUUUAUCUCAAGAUAAUUUCAAUUACUGGAAAAACUGACCCCUCAACGAAAUUGUUUGAAAAUGAUUUACGAGAUGCCCCCGAAUAUAUUGCUCUUGCUGCCCUCGAUAUUGAGAAAUUUCAGAAUUUGCCAAUUGUUGUGGACGUAAUAGACAGCAUUAUUGCCCAUUUGUUGACAACUUCUAAUUCACUUGGUUUAUUAACCCUAAUUGCAAAAAAAUAUGCUUCUCUUGAUCAAAAUUUUAAUCACUUUAUUUCUUUGGUUUUUGAAAUUUCUCAAAGAAACAAAGAUCCCGCUUCGAUAAUCAAAAUCACUUUGCUUUUAAAAGAUUCGAAUUACAUGAUUCCCUUUUUAAGCUAUAUCUGGCCAUUACAAUUCCCUCUUUGUUUGACUUUUUCGUCUGAAUUUGUUGCACAGGACGGUGAAACAAAGUUGAUCGAGAAAUUUUUCACCACUGAUAUAAUUGAUAGAAUUGUUUCUGAAAAACCACUUCCGAUUCCCUUAAGUGCUCUUUCCAUUCAGGAUUUCAAGAGCUUCAUUUUCAAUCACAUUUGGUCAUUCUUGGAACAAAAGGCUAAUAACCAACAAAAGAACUCUACCAUCUUAAAUUCCAAUUCUAUUUUGCCCCUUCAAAUACUCAGUUUUUUUUUAAAGUUGUUAGACAAGCUAGCAACUGGCCUACCUGAUGCAGGAGAAAAAUUAGAUAUCAUCAAAAAAAAAUGUAUUGAUACUUAUCCUAGAUUGAUCAAUUUUGGAAAUGGACAUGAUGAUGCGAUAUUGAAAAGUGCUGCUGAAUCACCUACUAAUUUAUUUGUUGAAGAAACUGAAGCCAAAAUGAAAAGCUAUUUUGUUCAACUAUAUGACAAAGUCACUGGUGUUAGAGAUUUAGUUUUAGUCUUAGGAAAAUAUAAGGAAUCAGAUAAUCCUGCUGAACAGGAUUUAUUUGCGUGCAUCAUUCAUUCUCUAUUAGAUGAGUAUAAAUUUUUUCCUUCUUAUCCAAUGACACCUCUAAAAUUAACUUCUCUUUUGUUUGGCUCAUUAAUUCAUUUUCAAAUUAUUCAAGGUCUUACUCUAACAAUUUGCUUACAAUAUAUUUUGGAAUCUUCCAAGGACCACAUUGAAUCUAAUAAGUUUAAAUUUGCUGUGCAGGCUUUGACAGUAUGCAAAAAUAGACUUGUAGAAUGGCCUUCAUACUGUAAUUUCCUUUUACAAUCUUCUAAUCUUUCAACUCAACCAGAAAUUUACAAAGUUAUUGAGAAUGUUGUUACUGGAAAGCUAAAAAUGAACUCUAAUGAUGGGAACUCCUCUGGAAACUCUCAAAGCAAUGGUAAUAUAAUUUUCAAAUCUGUUAAAGCUACCUCGGUGGUUGAAAAUGAUGUUUUUCAAGAGAAUCCUGACCAUGAUAUUUCGGAUAAACUCUUAUUUAUCCUUAAUAAUAUUACUUUCUCUAAUUUUGAUACCAAGAUGCCUGAUAUUAAAAGUCUUUUGGUGGAUAAAUAUUAUGGUUGGUUUUCGAAUUAUUUGAUUAAAGACAGAAUUGAAACAGAAGCAAACAAUCAUCCUCUAUAUCACCAGAUAGUUGAUGAAAUGAAGUCCAAUUUAUUUGAAAAUCAUGUCUUGAUGAUCACUUUUCAGCGAAUAGUUAUUUUUUUGAACCGCGGGGAAGAAAAUGGGAAGAGUCGCUUGAAAAAUUUGGGUUCAUGGGUUGGACGUUUAUCUUUUUCAAAAAAUAGAGUCAUUUUAUACAAAAAUAUUGAAUUUAAAGACUUGUUGGUUGAAGGUUACUUUAAAAAAAAACUAGAUUUUGUUAUACCCUUUGUUUGUAAAGUGUUAAUUCAAACAAAACAUUCCGAAAUUUUCAAACCCCCUAAUCCUUGGACUCUUGGUAUAAUAAAAGUUCUAGCAGAAUUAUAUGAAACAGCAAAUUUGAUUUUAAAUCUCAAAUUUGAAAUUGAAGUUUUAUGCAAUGAGCUUUCCUUAAAAUUAGAAAAUAUUGUCCCUUCUAAAAUUCUAACUAAUGAAAUUCAAGAACAGUUAAAUCACAAAGAAAAGCUUUUGAAUGUUGCAAGAGAUAUGGCUAGAACAACUAUUGAACGAAGUAUUCUUGCGAAAGCAUCUAGAUCUAACUCUUCUACUUCUACUUUAGUAUCAUCUCAAAAGAAGGAAAUUCAACAACCAAACCAGCCUCAUAUCGAGUAUCCAAGUGAAGCUGAAGUUGUUAAUCAAUCUCAGUUGCCUGGACAACCUCAACAAGGUUUUGAUACUCAAGUAUCAAAUCAGCAGUUUAAUGGACAAGUUUCAGAUGAAAUGUCAUUUUCACAACAAGUACUUGUCUCAAAUGUUAAUCAAUCUGGUAUUGCUGAAGAAGGUAUGACAUCUGAGAAUCUACUUUUAUAUAUUACUCCCUUUUUGGAGGCUUAUUUAAAUUCAUUAGCUGGCCAGUCAACGUUUGCAAAUGUGCCUGAAUUCAGGGCUUUCUUUCAAAAUGUUCUUAAGAAUGUGAUUGGAGAUUGCAUAUCUACUUGUCUUGAUAGAACGGUAGCCACAUGUGUUAGAAGUUCUUCAACACUUGUCGAGAAAGAUUUUUCACUUGAGGUUAAUGAAACAAAAUUAGUUGCUUCUGCUCAUAAUCAUGUCAAAUCCCUUGUUAGACAGUAUAUUAGACCUACUUGCCGAGAAAUAUUGAUUGAUAAAAUAAAAAAUUUUGCUUUCCAAUAUAUUAAUCAAGAACACCUUAAUGAUUUGAAUCUUGCAAUUGUGGACAAUCUUGAUGGUGCAUUGGAAAUUGUUCAAAAUGCUGCAAUGUACAUGGCUGUUCAUGAAAUUGAUUUGAAAAUUAUGCAACAAGUUCUUCUUCGCAGAAAACAUCGUCUGGAGAAUCCUAAUCAAGAGUUUUAUUCACCUGUUGCUUCAUCAUACUCUAUCGAAUUACCAUCCCCUUUAGGAUUGAAGAUUGGAGGGCUAACCCCACAACAACUUUUGGUUUAUGAUAAUUUUGGGAAAAGGCCUGUUGUGGCAAUUCAAAAUCAGCUUGAUAAUGCGGUGCGCAGUUCACCCCAAGUGGUCAAAAAGAUUGUUAAUGGUAUUCCAAUAUUUGACACUUACCCAAACUCAAAUAAUGAUCCUUCAAAUUCGGUAAAUGUUCAAACAGGAUUUUCUUCCGUUUCUAGUUCUCAAAAUCCUAUUAUUGAUUCACAGAAUACUGUCAAUGAAAGACUAAUAACAUUAAACAGUAACAUUGACAGCUUGAUUAACUCAGUGAAAAAUUUGGAUGUUUCUUUUAUCGAUUUGGUUAGCAACAAUGUGUUUACGUUAAAAAUAAAUGCCAUUUUGUUCACCUGCGGUUCUUUUAAACAUUUAUUUAAAAAUCAAUUUCCCACUAAAGUUGCCCAACAUGUCGUUAGCAAGAUUCUCGAAAAUCCUGAAGAUUCACUUUUCACUGAAACUUUGUUCUUUAUUUUAGAUAAAAUUUGUGAGGCAUUUCCUAUAACUGGUAGAGAUGUUACUUGGUGGAUUGUGAAUUCAGAUGAUUCAAGAAAAUAUAAUAUUAAAUUAAUGAAAAAAUUUUUAAACAUGGGUCUUAUUUCUGCAUCUGAUUUAGAUGGUCCUUUAUCCAAAUCCAUAUUAGCCAAAGAUGAGUUUUUGAUUAAUUUUGCUUGCAAUUUGAUUGAUGAGAUUGUUCUUGGAGCCAAACCAAUAUCUUUGAGAAGUGAUUUUGCAACUUGCAUUAAUGCACUAAGCACAAUUUCAAAUAAUUCUACUUUUAGUAAUGAAAAAGCCAGAUUAUUGCUUGAAAAGUUUAAAAAUACUCAAGGCCCUGCACUUUGUGUUAUGGAUUCCAAAAUUUCCUUGAAGUUGUCAUUGAAGUAUGUUUUUGGUGAGUGGGUUCGAUUAAAUCAAAACCCGCUAACCACUGAGAAAUUAUUAAACACAUUUAUAAUCCAAAUGUUUCAACGUAACAUAUUUAAUAAACCAGACUAUAUGGCUUUAUUUUUCAGAACUGCUGUAGAAUUUUCAGUUGUUUCUUUUUUGAGAGAUACUGAUAUCAAUAACAAAGACAAAACCAGCAAUGACGUUUUUGCUGUUACAGAUGCUUUAGCAAAAUUGAUUGUAAAGUUGAUUUAUCUUCAAGAAAGCAGUGGUUUAGAUGGUAAAAAUAGUGGUAGCAAUAGAAUGAUUUUUUUGAAACAGGUUAUUUCAAUUAUAUCUUUACAGUUUGCUUAUGAUCAUGAAAAUAACUCAACUUUUAACGAAAGACCUUACUUUAGAUUGUUUUCUGGAAUUUUGAGCGAGUGGACAGAUAUCAGGGUUUCAAUUAAAGAUCUAAAAGAUGAUGAAUUUCGUGAAGAGUUUCUUAAAUUCGAUAUGGAGAUGUUUUUGUACUUGGGGGAUGUUUUCAAUUCUUAUCAGCCUUUAAUGUUUCCUGCAUUUUUAUUUGGAUGGAUAUCUUUAAUAUCCCACAGAUUCUUUUUACCAACUAUGAUUGAGUUUCCAAACAAAGCUGGAUGGAAAAAAAUUAUCACGUUAAUAAUUUCGUUGUUGCGUUUCCAGAAUGAACAUAUCAAAGGCAAAGAAAUUCCUGAAGAUAUUGCUACUAGCUGCAGAGGUCUUACAAAUAUCUUUAGUUUGAUUUUGCAUGACUAUCCCGAAUUUUUAAUAGAGUAUCACUACCCAUUGUCAUAUUCCAUCCCUAGCAGUUUUAUCCAGUUGAAAAACAUUGUUUUUUCAGCUGUUCCAAGUGGAUUGCGAUUGGUCGAUCCAUUUUCUAUUGAGGACAUGCGUGCAUAUGAUCUAAUUGAGUAUAACAAAGAUAUUCCAAACAUUGAAAUUGAGCCUUCAACUGAUUUAUUGAAGCAAGGAUUGAAAAAGCCAAUUGACAAUUAUCUUAGGGUUCCUUCUAACUCUUUGCUAAAGAAUGUGUUGAAUGGAAUCAAAAUCAAAAGUGAGGCGAAAGAAUCUGGAAUUGGUUAUAAUACUACAUCCGUUAAUAUCAGAAUCAUCAAUGCAAUUGUUUUGUAUGUGGGUAUUGUGGAGGUUGAUGAACGUCGUGACAAUGAAAUCAAGUUUAAUCCCAAAUCCUCUCAUGUUGCUCUAAUUUCAAAUAUUAUUCAAGAAACUAAUAUUGAAACCCAAUAUCAGGUUAUUUCUGCAAUAUGUAAUCAAUUAAGGUAUCCAAAUGCUCAUACUUAUUGGUUUACAAAUCUACUAUUGUUGUUGUUCAAAACCAAUUUUAAAGAGAAAAAAGAGAAUAUUCAGCAAGUGGUUUCUCGUGUGUUGCUAGAAAGAAUGAUUGCAAACAAGCCUCAACCUUGGGGCAUUUCGUUUUUGUUUUCAGAAUUGUUGAGAAAUAAAGACAUCAAGUUCAAUGAACUACCUUUCAUUAAGUUGAUUCCUGAAGUUGAGAAAGUCUUUACAACUUUCAUUACCCACAUCAAAAAAACCCAGAUAUCUUAUGGUUGGAUAAAAUUAGUGAAUUCAGAUGAUUCAAGAAAAUAUAAUAUUAAAUUAAUGAAAAAAUUUUUAAACAUGGGUCUUAUUUCUGCAUCUGAUUUAGAUGGUCCUUUAUCCAAAUCCAUAUUAGCCAAAGAUGAGUUUUUGAUUAAUUUUGCUUGCAAUUUGAUUGAUGAGAUUGUUCUUGGAGCCAAACCAAUAUCUUUGAGAAGUGAUUUUGCAACUUGCAUUAAUGCACUAAGCACAAUUUCAAAUAAUUCUACUUUUAGUAAUGAAAAAGCCAGAUUAUUGCUUGAAAAGUUUAAAAACACUCAGGGUCUAAGAAAUAAUGAUAAUCUGAAUUCAAACCACGUCUCUUCAAAUAAUUUGCAUACUCCCUUAAACCCUCUAUCUCUAGACAUCACAGAAAAUUCUUUUCAAAUAACUCCAAUCGAAUUUCCAUCACACCCCUAUAAUCAGCUAGAUAUUAACCCUUCAGAUAUCAACAACCAAACUCUUGACGUAAUCUCAAAUUCCCAAAAUUAG